AUGAGCACAUUUUCAAAAAUCAACAAACCGACAAGUAGAAAUUCUCGGUAUCAGAGUUCAUCUACAACUGAACUAUACCAGUCAAUUCCGAGUUUAAUGGUUAAUGAUCAAUUAAUUCAACAAACAAAUGGUUUUCAACAACCUCGGAUGUUCAAUAGGAAUACUUUUUACAGUAAUAGUUCUGACAUUUAUCAAAAUCUUCCAAACACAAAUAAAAGCUCAAUAAACAUGGUCGAUCAAGAAAAUGUAAUAAAAACUUUGCCAAAAUCUGUUUUCAGCAAGAGAACUCUAUCUCGUAGCUUUGAUGAUCUGACAACAAUCAAAUAUGAUACCUCAAAAAAACAAUCGACAAUUUUAGAUAACGCUGAUCCAGAACUAAAAAAUGUAAAGAAAACUGGAGCAAGUUAUCAUGUCAGUGUAGAUUUGAAAAAAAUUUUUUUGAGUGGAACACGCCCUAAGUCUAGUUUUGCAAGACAUUUUCAGAACUACUCUAUGCCAUCUAAAAUAAACAAAAUAUCUUUGUCAACAAACCAGCAACAUACGACCAAUAAUGGCUUUAAUACACAAAGAUCCAGAAUUGAGCCUCUUAUGCUUGAAGGCAACAGAACAAGUGUUGUUAAUCUAAUUUCUGCUGAAAUUAAUCAAGUAACACCACAUGAAAAUCUUCAUGUCAAACCCAAGGCAACAAAUUAUCCCUCAAAGGCUGUUAUUAAUAUAAAUCUUCCAAAAAAUAACGUUUCAUCAAUAAUGGAAUCUGACUCAAAAGAGAGAAAUUUUUCGUUAAAAGAUGGAUACAUAAUUAAAUCAUUGAAGCCGUCAGAGAUAACACGGGAAACGGCAUCUCAACAGAUUUUGAAAAAUAAUAACGUAGAUUUUGAUUUAUGUUUAUACGGAACUGUAUUUAAACAAGCCGAUAGUAGCAACAUUUUAAAUAGCCAAAUUAUUGACAUUAAGCCAAGCAUUGUUGAGGACUUUGAGCAAACAACACGCAGUAAAACCAGAAAAAUUAUUGAAAUUGAUGAAACAAAUUUGAAUAAAACUCCAGCGAAGAAAAAAUUUGAAGAAAAAUCAAGAAAAGCUAAAAGGACAAUCAACUCAUUUACUGAAUAUUCUGCCCCUGUAGAAGAAAGUUUUAAAAUUAAAACAACCUCAACAGGUGUUAGUAAUACAGAACCAACAUCUUUACCCAAAUCCCUCAAUACCGAUCCAGAAAAAGAGUCGAAAGAAAUUCAAACACUUUCAACUAAAAACAAACUUAUCCAGACAGAUUAUUAUUUAUCAGACACGGAUGAAUACGUUGGACCUAGAGAAAAUGACAAAAAAGCGGUCAUGUUUGUUGAUGAUAAUGUACAACUAUCUAGCAAAAGUCAGGUGAAAGCUAUACCCAUUAAGAAUAACGAGAAAAUGAUACCAGUUUAUGAUGAAACGUUUUCGGAAGAUGAAUUUGACGGUUAUGAAAAUAAUAUUCCACAGUCUGUUUUAAGUAAUCUGCAAACAAAUUACGAUUUAAGUGAUGAUGAAAAUAUAAUUUUUCAACGCUUAAUGAAAAAUGCUCCAGAAGGUAGUUUGAAGCAGAAUAUAAACGUAGAAAAUAGAUACGUCAAUUAUUUAGGCCCUUAUUCGAAUGAUCAAGUCAGAGAAAAAUAUGAAAAAAAGGAAAUCAAUGUUGAUCAUGUUGCUCAAAGAGUUGAACUUAUGGUUAACAACGGAAUGGUUACUAUCAAGCUCCAAUUAACAUUUCAAAAAACGGUGCCAUACAAGAACACUCAUAAUACUUUUAAACAAACUACUCUUCUAAUAAACAAGAUAAUAAUUGUUGAUUUGACCGUCACAGAUGAAAGAAGACAAAUUUACGAAGAGGUGCUACAAAAUCACAAAAAUGGACGUCUCGAUAAAGUUUAUACUUGGAAAUUAUAUAAAAUAUUUAGCGCUAUGGCCCUUGCUGAUAAAGGAAUGGGCAUAGAUGACGAACACGUCAGCAUAGAAAAAAAAAUUGAAGAGAAUAAAAAAUUGAAUCUUGAUAGCACUGACUAUUUAGAUUAUCAAAUGGAUGAUGACAGUUUUAAAAAUCUGGAUAAAAGAGCAGCGGAAAUAGGCGUGAAUCAGAUGAUUGGAGCUAAUUUCAACAAAAUUUCUCAGAGCGGCCUAGGAACGGCUACAGAAAAUUUUAUUAAUUCGGAAAAUUAUGCAUGGAAUAACACUUUGAGAAACGCCAAUCUUCCAAGCGAUAUUGGCAAGGAAAACUUAUAUAAUAAUUAUUUUGAUACACCUGAAAAUAAAAAAAACGACACAUAUAAUAGCAAGGCAAAUACUAUUAGAGUAGAAAGCAUAAUUUCCAGUCACAAAAGUGGACCAAGAUAUAAUUUUGAGGAUGGUUAUGUUGGAGAGGAUCAAAACAGGAACUUGUUAAUAGUCGAUCAUGCUUCAGAAUCACGACUCAAUCAAGUUAAAGAAAAUAUCAACAAAAUGCAAAAUAGCCAAAUUUACUCUAACGGGGAUUUAAAAUCAACUUACGGUAGAUGGCUUUCUACUGGCAGAAGUGAUUCAAGAAUGAAUCGAAUAGGGCAAAGGUUUGACGUUUACAAUUAUCUUAGACCAGGUGGCAGUCGAAAUUACAGCUCAAAACUGCAGAACCAGUAUAGCAAUGGUCUAGACAAAACAAAUUGGGAUAUUCAAAUAACAGGUGGCCAAAAUGAUCAUUUCGAAAAAAAUGCAUCAAAAAAUGAGACAAGGACAGAUUACAGAAAUUUCGAUAACGGAUCAUACGAACAUAGAAAAAGAAUGGCAUCGUACAAAUCAAGUAGUUUUGAAUGA